GUCAUUUUGGUUGUGUAUGUGGAUGAUAUCAUCCUUGCUGGUCCAUGUUUGGAUGAUAUUGAAGCAGUAAAGAAGCAACUGCAGUCAGGUUUCAAGGUAAAAGAUCUAGUCAAUCUAAAGUACUUCCUAGGUUUGGAAAUUGUCAGGACACCUAAAGGGAUCUCAUUGACUCAAAGGAAGUUCUGUUUGGAGAUGAUUGAACAUGCUGAUUUCCUUGAAUGCAAGCCUGCCAGAACUCCUAUCAGUAUGAAAACUUCUUUAUCAGCCUCUGAUGGUACACCAUUGGAGGAUAUCACUGGUUUCAGACACAUUCUUGGACAGUUGCAGUACUUAACAUCAACAAGGCCAGACAUUUGUUUUCCUGUCCAGCAGCUGUGUCAGUUCCAGGAUUGUCCAACAACAGUUCAUUUGAAGGCUUUGCAUAGGAUACUGAGGUAUCUUAAAGGGUGUCCAGGCCAAGGGUUGUGGUUCCCUUCAAAUACAGAUUCACAGUUGAGUGGUUUUAGUGAUUCUGAUUGGGCAACUUGCCCUGAUUCCAGGAAAUCAAUUACUGGUUACUGCACCUUCUUAGGAAGCUCACUUGUAACAUGGAGGAGUAAGAAGCAAGGGACUGUUUCACGUUCAUCUUCAGAGGCAGAGUACAGAGCCCUUGCUCAGUUGUCAUGUGAGGUGCAGUGGCUUAAAGCCUUACUUGAGUUCUAUGGCAUUUCUCACCCUCAUCCCAUCAAGGUUUACUGUGAUAAUCAGUCAGCCAUCCAUAUAGCUGAAAAUCCAGUAUUCCACGAGAGGACCAAGCAUAUAGAAGUUGAUUGCCAUGUGGUCAGAGAACGAUUAAAGUCAGGAUUAUUGAACCUUCACCAUGUUAGCACUGAGUUCCAGUUGGCAGAUAUCUUUACUAAGGGUUUAUCUGUUGAUAGGGGUUAG